GUGCCUUUCUCUCACUCUUUUUCCGUUUUCUCUCACUCAUUCCGAAACAAACAAAUACUUGUUUUUAGGUUAAAGGCAAUGGAUAAUGGUUUUACUACCUCCGUACUCAAGGAACGCAUUGCAAAAGAUCUCAAAAUAGAUGUCGCCUUUCCUUUCUUCUCUUUUGGCAAGAACAAAGGUACAACAGCCUGUUGUGUGGUUGAUACAGAAUGGAUAGAUACUAUACGUAAUACAUCUAUAACCCAAUCAACAAACGAUACCAACAUCAUCAAGGUGAAAACACCAGCAUAUGUGCGUCAUAUACCCACCGAUCCAAACCAACAAAAAAAGGCACCUACAGUCAACAUAUAUGUGGAUGUUCUUUCCAAAGAAGUCAUGUCAAUUAAAAAAUUAUCCCUCUAUCAUCAGUCACAUGCUUUGAACGAACAACAGAAUCAAGCAUCAAGUUGUCAAGAACAAUGGCCUCUUACAAGUUGUAUUCAUGCUUUAUUAGCAGGCAAAGACAAGGAUGAAAAAAUGCAAAAUUUGGUGGAUUCUUUUAGUAAUUUUGAUUCUAUAUUUGAUACAAGUGAUAUGACUUUGACACAACGAAACUCGGAAUUCAUACAACGUAUUCGAUGUAUGCUCUGGCCAAAAUGUCGAUUAUAUAAAGUGGUACCUGCAGAUCAACAUGAUGGGCUUCGUAAUGAUUUGGUAUUAAAACAGAUAGAAAACAAACUAUCAACAAUGACAACAAAUUCACCGAUAUUAUCAUCAAGCAACAAAGAUGAUAAUAAGUCGACCAAAAUAGAUCACGUUCUUCAAACUGAUACAUCCAAUUCCAAUUUGAUGGAUGUGUUUGCAAUUGUGGAAUCGGAUACGGCAUAUUAUUUUUUGGCUACUUAUCGUGGAACAACACUUCAAGAUCUCAUUACAUAUAAUCCAGGAGUACUUGAUUCAAAUCUCAAAAAAGGCUUUAUCAUCUAUCAAUUACUUCAAACUAUCUCCAGUUUACACAGUCGUGGGGUCUUACAUGGUAAUUUACGAGCUUCCAAUAUACUGGUGGAUGAAAAUCUUUGGAUACAAUUGGCAGGAAUACAAUAUGGAUCGCAUACAUUUGAAAAUGACACUGUAAUGAAGAACAAGACGGAAUCUCUUCGAUACCCUUUAUAUAAAGUCAAACAAGAUCCUCUAGUGAUGCAGUGGGUCCGUGGCGAAAUAUCAAAUUACUCUUACCUUAUGGUUCUCAAUAGUUUGGCAGGUCGACGGGAAGGUGAUCCAAAUUUUCAUCCUAUACUUCCAUGGAUUACUGAUUUUUCUGGUUCAAAGAUUGAAGAUGGCUGGCGAGACUUUACAAAAACGAAGUUCCGAAUCAACAAAGGCGAUGAACAAUUGGAUUUUACAUUUGAUGGUCCAGUGCCUCAUCAUAUCACAGAUAUUUUGUCAGAUAUCACUUAUUACGUUUAUCUUGCUAGAAGAACACCCAUUCCGGUACUAUGUCAAUUUGUUCGAUCCAAAUAUGAACCCAACGAAUAUCCAUCUUCUAUGCAACGUCUAUACCAGUGGACACCUGAUGAAUGUAUUCCAGAGUUUUAUACAGAUCCUAGUAUCUUCAAAUCUAUUCACGAAGAUAUGCCUGACCUUCAAAUUCCUAGUUGGUCUACUUCUCCCGAAGACUUUAUUCAACAGCACGCAAGAGCUCUUGAAUCUGAUCAUGUUUCUUCUAUGUUACAUCAUUGGAUCGAUCUUACAUUUGGAAACCAUUUGACUGGCAAAGAGGCCAUUGGAUCGAAAAAUGUAGCAUUACCUCUUCUGGCUGGCCAAAACAGUUUUAUGAAACACGGUAUUAUUCAAUUAUUUCAAGAAAAUCAUCCUCAGCGUGGAUGUAAUUGGAACCAUGCUAAAAGAGUUUAUGAAAAAAGUGUUUCCAAGAAAAUGAACGACAUGACAAACAGUACACUAUCUCCUCUUAUUACUGAGACUUCAUCAAGUGAACAGUCGGUCAGCACUCAACAUUUAUCUCAAAAGAACACAAAGUACCUAGGUAUUUAUUCUCAGCAACAACAGCAGCAGCAACAACAACAGCAACAACAACAACAACAAAUAGCGGUAUUACAGCAGCAGCAGCAGCAGCAGCAAUCACAACAAUCACAACAAGAGCAGCAAUCACAGCAACCGCAACCGGCUUCUCCGUUACCGAUAACAAAUAACAAGCUUGGUAUUUGCGAAAGUCCGUCAAGCUUUACUCUUAGUUCAAGGGAUAGAGCUUCCUCAGUACAUUCAACAACAUCAUCCAUCGAUACUUCCCUCUCGGUUGGCAGUAAAUCAUUAUCUUUUGAAAAUACUGGAAUGGGUGUUGGAGGAGGAUUGAAUGGAGUGAAUAUCUCAAACAACAACAUAUCGUCCGCAUUACGAACAGAACCAAUCCGAUUACCGAUUGAAAUGCCUGAUGAUUAUUUUAUGGAAAACUUGAUUCACUAUGAAGAUACAAUGAAAUUCUCUGUAAAUAACAAAGCGGCUUUGGAUCAAGUGGUGAAUAUUCCUGAAAAUCCAAUCUUAUCUGAUGACGAUCCUAUUAUGAAACGACGUUACAAUAUCGAUCCUAAUGACACUCUUCCUUUACCCACCAACAUUUACUCGAUGGAAACUGCUCAUGAUAUGCUCUGUGUCGGUCAGGUGAUGGAAAAGAUCUUGAUGGCUGGAAGUCAAAAUAGAGUCAAGGUUGAAUCAGACGGCGAUACCAGUAGUACUACUGGCACUGGUGGUCCUGGAACUUGCGUUUAUUUGGAAACCAAUCAUGGUGAAAUAUCUUAUGAUAUCUCUUCCUGUGGAACGACAAAUAUUUCUCCUGAAGUUACUGGUGUUAUCUCUGCCCUCCAAUCUGAAAAUUGGUAUGAACGUCCUACUGCCAAGUCAAUUCUAUAUGCCUCAUUUCCUUCUAUGACUGUACGCAAUCCUCAGUUCUCUUUUCCUUUGGUGGAUCAAAUUCCUGACAUGUAUGAAUAUCUGGCUGCAUUUUAUCAAGCUGAAUGGUCAAGACGACUUUAUUUGGCGGACAAAUGGAUUGAUCGAAUCUGUGAACUGGAAGAUGAAGCUUUCUUAUUGAUUCUCCCGACUUUUAUACAAUUAUUCACUCAUCCUGAAACUCGAAUUGGAUCUGUUGGUCUGUUUUCCAAACUAUCUCAUCGUUUGGGACAAGAAAACACUCGCAAGCAUUUACUGAAACCAAUCAUCUCCAUGUUUGAGAUUUUACGACCAGACAUCCCAAAGGUGUUAUUCGAAGCAAAAGUAAUCAAAGAAUUUAUCAAGCGGCUAGGUAUUCCUCUUUUCCUUCAGCAAAUGUUACCAUGUUACCUGGAAGCUCUAGCAAUGAAUGGUGGUACCAAUUCUGUAAAUAUAUCAAUGGACAAUACCACAACAGAAAACUCACCAACAACUUCAAGUGCAAUCAAUGGUAAUCACACUGAUUCAUCUUCAAAUCAUGCGAUAACAACCCCUCCUAUCAAUCCGGUGCCUGAACUUGCUGGUGAUUCGCUGGUACAGAUUUGCAAACUAUUAGGACCUAUUCUUACAUCCAAACACAUUGUACGUCAGCUAGUCAAGAUCCUCUUUCGUGAUGACUCCAUCAAACCGGUGCUUCUGAACUCGGUGGUCGUUAUAGCUGGUACUUUGUUCGGAGAAACAUUUACCUCAGUUCAAUAUACCCAUCUGAUUACUUUGAUUUCUGUACCUACUGAUGACAAGAUGAUCAAUGAAAGAAAUGCAAGAAUGAAUUAUGUGGUUUUAGUUCUCUUGGGAAAAUUAUUACCAUUCAUGUCUAACCAAGCAAUCACUACUGAAUUGAAAUCUGGGCUGAUGGAAACUCUUUACAAGUUAUUGGAACCUAUCUUACCAGUUGUUACCCCAUCAUCAGCCACUGCUUUCCAUGAUCGAGAACAACAACGAUAUCCAGCCUCCUCGGCUACGUUACAGCUAACAGUCAGUAUGCGCACCAUUGAAUAUAUACUACAAUUGACUGCACAUCUUCCUCUAACUGAUUGGGAAUCAACGGUAGAAAAGACAAAAAAAAAAAAAAUGAUAAUGAAUAAAUGAUGGCACUCGUAUUAACUGUUUUAUUAAACUUUUUUUUUAUCACUAUAUAGAUUAUUCCCACUCUUCGAAAAUACUUUUCAGGUUUUAUCUCCAAUGUUCCAACGGAUGAUUCCUCUGUACAAAAUGAAAUGCCCGUGUCAGAUCCUCGAAAAGGUUACCAGAUGAUGUAUGCUUAUUCAAGAUUAUGCGAAAUUGUGGGAAAAUCAACAA